AUGCCCAUCUACACGCACACCCCAUCCUCACCCGCCCUCCAACAAGCUCUCAAAGCCAGUCUACCCUACAGCAUCAACCUCGUGUACCGAAUACAGCAUGUCAAUCAAACGCCACACGCGCAUGUCCUAGCUACAUUUCCCGCGUCGUCCAUGACGACCACCACGGCGACAGAUGCGAUAAUACCGCCAUGCUGGGCGGCCGCAUAUCUGGACCAGUCGAAGCGGCCCGAGACAGAGCUGUGGCUAUUCAGCACGCUGGAGCUUCCGGAGCAUGGACAGGCUUCUGAUGAUGAUGGUGGUGGUGGUGGUGGGAAGUACUGUCUAGGAUGCAAAAACGCCGUGUUGGAUUUGGUGGGCUACAUGGCUACGCUACCUGCGCCGCCGAUGCUCGCGGAGAAUGCUCCUGCUAUGCAUCUUGCGAGGCAGCAUGAGAAAGAGUAUCCUACGCCGCCUCCUUCCGGCGCGUAUCAGAUGACGCCGGGAACGUACAUGCGCCAUCUCCUUCUGCCAAAAGUCGUCACGCUCGGAGCAUGCCAGCGCGAUGUGUUUAGUAUUCUGCGCGAGGCGGGCAUCGUGCGGACUGAGCUCCCUGGCCCAGAUGCGGAGCUUAAUAAGUUUCUGUUCAAGCUUUCUGAUCUACCAGAGACGCGACCACUACCUGACGGGCUGCGAUGGGGACAAGUGCGCAAGCAAGACAUUGCGACUGUCCAAGCUCGAACAGCUAUACCCCGAACAGCAGGCACUUUGAUGUCACUGAAGAGUGUGGCAGUUUUCGAGGAAAAGACGGACACACCCGUGGCGUGGACGUUUCUUGGAUUGGAUGGGUCUCUAGUCUCGCUACAUACGGAAGAGGCCUACAGAGGCAAGGGUAUAGCAAAGGCUGUCGCCGCAAGGCUCUUGAGACAGCACGCACAGGGAUUAGCAGUCGAUAACCAAGGCAAUGCCUGGUCGCACGCAGACGUCUACAUGGGCAAUGUACAAAGUGAGAGCGUGUGCUGCAGUCUAAGUGGCAAGGCGCUCUGGAGGUGCUUCUGGUUGCGCAUAGAUCUUGAUCGGGCUGGAGCACUUGCAGGCACAUCAGCUGCAUUCGCUGGGUAUCACGGAGACAAGUAG